AUGUCUGAUCUGUACAGUGCAUGUGGUCCACGUGAAGUCCGGCUCCAAAUCGCCUACUGCGGAAUCUGUGGCUCUGACAUCCACGAAUACCUCGGGGGACCGAUAUUCCCGCCAAAGCCGGGUCAUAAAAAUCCCUGGACAGGCCAGAGCCUACCCGUUACCCUUGGCCAUGAAAUGUCUGGCACGGUUGUCGAGAUCGGAUCCGCCGUGGCCAAUGUUAAAGUUGGUGCCAAAGUGGCUGUUAAUCCUGCUCUUGACGACCGGCAUCAUGGAGCUGAUCCUUGCACCACCUGCAAACUCGGAAAGCGCAAUAUUUGCAAGCGCUAUGCGUCCUACGGGCUGAGUGCUGAUGGUGGCGGAUUUGCGUCAGAGAUUGUGGUCAACGAGGUUAAUUGCAUAACUCUACCAGAAUCAGUUUCACUUCAAGUUGGCGCUCUUCUCGAGCCACUGGCGGUAGCUUGGCAUUCCAUUCGGCUAUCUGGCUUCGUGCAGGGCCAAACGGUAUUGGUACUAGGAGCUGGGCCCAUUGGGCUGGCGAUCGUGAUGCUUCUUCGUGUCUGGGGAGCCAAGUCAAUCUUUGUGAGUGAAGUGGCUCCGUCGCGGAAACGGAUGGCGAAAGACUUUGGUGCGACCAUCGUGGUAGAUCCAACAGAGGGCAACGAGCAAGAUCCGGUCCAGACGGCUGUACACAGUGCCAACCCGGAUGGAGUGGACGUGGCAUUUGAUGCGAUUGGACUCCAAAUUACCUUGGAUACUGCGAUUGCAUCCAUCCGACCAGGAGGCACUGUAUUCAAUGUGGCAAUACACGAAAAGCCAUUACAACUAAAUCUCAACAAUCUCGCCUGUUUCGAGAAACGAUUGAUUGGAGGUAUCUGCUAUACUAUGGAAGAUUUUGUUGGGGUGCUAAAGGCUCUUGAAUCUGGGGAAGUUCCAGCUGAGAAGAUGAUUACGUCGAUUGUACCAUUGAGUGAGGUGGUGGAGAAGGGAUUCUUGGAGUUGAUUCAUAACAAGGAGGCCCAUGUAAAAAUUCUUAUUCAACCUGACGUGAGGGCAAAUCCUGAGCUCGCAAGACUUUGA